UGACUCUCGGGCUGUGUGGAGAACCCCGAGUCCCGGAAGGCGGGUCUGGCCGGGGGCGACGCUGUCCUGGCACUCGGGGCGCUGGGCUGGGGAGAUGGCCGCGCGAUGGAGCAGCGAAAAUGUGGUGGUGGAGUUCCGCGAUUCUCAGGCAACGGCGAUGUCUGUGGACUGUCUUGGGCAGCAUGCAGUGCUUUCUGGCCGCCGAUUCCUGUACAUUGUUAAUCUAGAUGCCCCUUUCGAAGGUCACCGAAAGAUCUCUCGCCAGAGCAAAUGGGACAUUGGAGCUGUGCAGUGGAAUCCUCAUGACAGCUUUGCACACUACCUUGCAGCUUCGAGUAACCAACGGGUCGACCUUUAUAAGUGGAAAGACGGCAGUGGGGAAGUUGGCACAACCUUACAAGGCCAUACUCGCGUCAUCAGUGAUUUGGACUGGGCAGUGUUUGAGCCAGAUCUCCUGGUUACCAGCUCUGUGGACACCUAUAUCUACAUAUGGGAUAUCAAAGACACAAGGAAACCUACUGUUGCAUUGUCUGCUGUAGCGGGUGCCUCGCAGGUCAAAUGGAAUAAAAAAAAUGCUAACUGCCUUGCCACCAGUCAUGAUGGGGACGUGCGGAUAUGGGACAAGCGAAAACCCAGUACAGCAGUGGAGUAUCUCGCAGCCCACCUCUCCAAAAUCCAUGGCCUCGACUGGCACCCGGACAGUGAACACAUUCUUGCUACCUCUAGCCAGGACAACUCUGUCAAGUUCUGGGAUUACCGCCAGCCUCGGAAAUACCUCAGUAUUCUCCCUUGCCAAGUGCCUGUCUGGAAGGCCAGAUACACUCCUUUCAGCAAUGGGUUAGUGACUGUGAUGGUUCCCCAGCUGCGGAGAGAAAAUAGUCUUCUCCUUUGGAAUGUCUUUGACUUGAACACCCCAGUCCAUACCUUUGUAGGACAUGAUGAUGUGGUCCUGGAGUUCCAGUGGAGGAAACAGAAGGAAGGGUCAAAGGACUAUCAACUGGUUACAUGGUCCCGUGAUCAGACCUUAAGAAUGUGGCGGGUGGAUUUCCAGAUGCAAAGGCUUUGUGCAAAUGACAUAUUAGAUGGUGUUGAUGAGUUCAUUGAGAGCAUUUCUCUUCUGCCGGAACCAGAGAAGACGCUUCACACUCAAGAUACAGAUCACCAGCACAACUCAAGCCAUGGAGAGGAAGAAGCCUCAAAGGAAGAUCCCCCUAGCAAUCUCCUGGAAGAGAGGAAGUCAGAUCAAUUGGGACUGCCUCAGACUCUGCAGCAGGAGUUCUCCCUGAUCAACGUGCAAAUCCGGAAUGUCAACGUGGAGAUGGAUGCGGCAGAUAGGAGCUGCACAGUGUCUGUGCACUGUAGCAACCAUCGUGUCAAGAUGCUAGUAAAGUUCCCAGCGCAGUACCCAAACAACGCUGCCCCUUCAUUCCAGUUUAUUAACCCCACCACCAUCACAUCCACAAUGAAAGCAAAGCUGCUAAAGAUCCUGAAAGACACUUCCCUGCAAAAAGUGAAACGCAACCAGAGUUGUUUGGAGCCCUGCCUGCGCCAGCUCGUCUCCUGCCUUGAGUCUUUUGUGAACCAAGAAGAUAGUGCUUCCAGCAACCCUUUUGCUCUCCCAAACUCCGUCACACCACCCUUACCAACGUUUGCCCGUGUCACCACUGCCUAUGGGUCAUACCAGGAUGCCAAUAUCCCCUUCCCUAGGACUUCUGGGGCCAGGUUCUGUGGAGCAGGUUAUCUGGUGUAUUUCACAAGGCCUAUGACAAUGCACCGAGCAGUUUCUCCAACAGAACCCACUCCUAGAUCUCUUUCAGCCUUGUCUGCUUAUCAUACUGGCUUGAUUGCUCCAAUGAAGAUCCGCACUGAGGCCCCUGGGAAUCUUCGUUUAUACAGUGGAAGCCCCACCCGUAGCGAGAAGGAGCAGGUCUCAAUCAGCUCCUUCUACUACAAGGAAAGGAAAUCAAGGAGAUGGAAAAGUAAGCGUGAGGGAUCGGACUCUGGCAAUCGGCCAAUCAAAGCUGCUGGAAAAGUUAUUAUCCAGGAUAUUGCUUGCCUUCUUCCUGUUCACAAAUCAUUGGGAGAACUGUACAUACUAAAUGUGAAUGAUAUUCAGGAAACAUGUCAGAAGAAUGCUGCUUCAGCCUUGCUUGUUGGGAGAAAAGAUCUUGUCCAGGUUUGGUCGCUGGCUACGGUAGCUACAGAUCUUUGCCUUGGUCCGAAAUCUGACCCAGAUUUGGAAACACCCUGGGCUCGACAUCCAUUCGGGCGACAGCUGCUGGAAUCUCUGUUGGCUCAUUACUGUCAGCUUCGGGAUGUUCAGACAUUGGCUAUGCUUUGCAGCGUGUUUGAAGCCCAGUCUAGGCCUCAGGGAGUACCAAAUCUCUUCGGGCCUUUUCCCAGCCGUUCUUCCAAUCUUGUGGUAUGCCAUAGUCGAUAUCCUAGCUUCACUUCCUCUGGUUCCUGCUCAAGUAUGUCAGACCCAGGGCUCAACACUGGUGGCUGGAACAUAGCAGGAAGAGAGGCAGAACAUUUGUCUUCACCCUGGGGAGAGUCAUCACCAGAAGAAAUACGUUUUGGGAGUUUGACCUACAGUGAUCCUCGUGAGCGAGAGCGUGACCAACACGAUAAAAACAAAAGGCUUCUGGACCCUGCCAAUGCACAGCAAUUUGAUGACUUUAAGAAAUGCUAUGGAGAAAUCCUCUAUCGCUGGGGUCUGAGAGAGAAACGAGCAGAAGUGCUGAAGUUUGUUUCCUGUCCCCCUGAUCCUCACAAAGGGAUCGAAUUUGGCGUGUACUGCAGCCACUGUCGGAGUGAGGUCCGUGGCACGCAGUGUGCCAUUUGCAAAGGCUUCACAUUUCAGUGUGCCAUCUGCCAUGUGGCGGUGCGAGGAUCAUCCAAUUUUUGCCUGACCUGUGGACAUGGUGGACACACCAGCCACAUGAUGGAGUGGUUUCGGGCCCAGGAGGUGUGUCCGACCGGAUGUGGGUGCCACUGCCUGUUCGAAAGCACUUUCUGAUCUUACAGACCGUGGGAGUGGUCAGAAAUUCUGGAGAGCCCCUUAAGUGCUGGUGACAAGCUCUCUGCCAAGAGGGAGGAGAGUUCAGGACCCACCUCUGCCUAGACGGGAGCGCGCUCCCUGCAAAGGCCACGGCGUCAGUGUUUGCAGAGAUGAGGGCAGACACAGAGCCCGGCUUCCCAUGUUGUCUGCGUCAGCUGAACUAGCAAGUUGGAAGUUUUCCAGGAGAAAAUCACCUCAAACUACUGAGCAGCAUCCUCUUAUGCCAACGCAGUGACUAAAGUCAGAUGUAGAAGACAGUCUCCAGGGCCAAAGGACAGCAGAUGUUAAUUUACUGGACAAGUAGGCCUAUGACAUCAGUGGCUUUGGAAGCUGCUACAUUUAAUGAGCUGAUGGAUAGUGAGUGGCCUUUAUAAUAAGAUACUUAAGUUAUAAAUAUAUGAUGUACUUAAGGAUUUUUAAGAUGUAUUUUUUUGUUUGUUUUUUCCUCUCCAGCUGCUGUUCCUUGGCUAAUAAAAUUCAAGUAACCAUUUUUUAAAAAAGACAGAGAAAGUUAAACAUUUCAGUGAAUCUUUUUUUCCUCUGCUUCUGAUUUAAGUUAGCUAUUUUAGAUAGUACCAAAGUCUGCUUAGAUUUUCCAAGGAGAUGCUGGUUUACUUUUGGCAUCUGACAAGAGAAAGCAGUUUGACGUUUUAGGUUCCAUCCCUGAGAAUCUUAUAAUUAUUUUUUUUAGCAAAAGGAAGAUGAGAUUGUGUCGCAGCACUGAUAUAAAGGUCUCCUAUUGCCUCUGUGCAGGUUGGCUGGCUUCCAGUAAGUACCUUUCCCUCUUCGUUUGAGCUCCUUCAAAAACAUUAACCUGUGUUUAUACAUGUUCCAACUGGUUAUGACUCAUGUGUCCACCAGUUCUUUAGAAUGAGUUUCAGCUCUUCACAUUUGGUAUGUGGCAUGGAAGAGAAAUCCUCUUUUUGGUAUUCCUAUCGACAUUUCUGUUUCUCUUUCUUAGAAUUUUGCAAUUCCAAAUUGAUUAACUUAAGGAAUAUAAGUCCUAGAAUAUGAGAGCACUGUACAUCACUAGUGUUUCAAACUACAGAUCAAGACCCAUUAAUGAAAUCUGAAAUCAAUUUAGUGGAUAAAAACUAGCAUUAAAGUAAA